GCCCCGAGUGUAGGCGCGCAGAACCUCCUCCUUCAAAGCCUGUCCUCCAACACGCCCACAGAGAUAGACAGGACGCCUGAUAGACUUGAAAGCGCGCUGGGCGUUUCCAAAUUUUGCUGCGCUAGAAGAUCAAGUUGGGUGAACCUUCGUGGACCAACGACGCCAGAAGAUCUCCAGCACCACAGCCGUCCAUCGACCCAGAGGAGCACCAAGCAGGACAGUCAACAUGAGCAGAUGUCUGAUUACUAAGGCGGAGGUGCAAGGCUUCAUCGAGAGGUGUAUGAUGGCCGUGGGCACCAAGCCACAUCAUGCUCGCAGCCUGGCCGAGGUGCUGGUCGAGGGGGACCACAGAGGCCACUACAGCCAUGGACUCAACAGGAUGGACAUGUACGUAAAGGACAUCCAGACGGGAAUCUGUGCCAAAGACGGUGAGCCGGUGGUGGAGAAGGAGAGUGCAGCCACAGCACUGGUGGAUGGGAAGAACCUCCUGGGUCCUGUGGUGGGAAACUUCUGCAUGAAUCUGGCCAUUAAGAAAGCCAAAGAAGUCGGUAUUGGCUGGGUGGUGGCACACGGUUCCAACCAUUAUGGUAUUGCUGGAUAUUACUCCUUGCAAGCUCUGAAGGAAAACAUGAUUGGCAUGUCAUUUACCAACACGUCCCCACUGGUGGUUCCCACACGUGGUAAAGAGUGCACUUUGGGCACCAAUCCCAUCAGUGUGGCGGCUCCGGCUAAAGACGGAGACAGCUUUGUUCUGGACAUGGCCACAUCAGCUGUAGCCCUUGGAAAGGUGGAGCUCCAUGAGCGCCGUGGUGACCCCAUCCCUGAGGGCUGGGGCUGUGACUCCCAGGGCAAGCUGGUCACCGACCCUAAGAGAGUUCUGAGUGGAGGAGGGCUGGUACCCAUCGGCGGCAGCGAAGCCACAGGAGGGUACAAAGGCUAUGGACUGGGAAUGAUGGUUGAAGUAUUUUGUGGUAUCUUGGCGGGUGCCCAGUACAGCAAUAAAAUCCGCACUUGGAAAGUAACAGACCGUGUUGCCAACCUGGGUCAAUGUUUUGUGGCGAUCAACCCAGAGAACUUCGCUCCCGGGUUCAACGACAGGAUGUCGGACCUGCUGUCCAUCCAUAGGGGAAUGGACCCUGCUGACCCAGACUCUCCGGUUUUGGCUGCUGGAGAUCCAGAGAGGAUGAACAUGAAGAAGUGUGAGGAGAUGGGCGGGAUCCCCUACCACAUAAAUGUUGUCAACUACAUGAAUGAAUGUGCUACAAGAAUUGGUGUCAGCCCACUUCUGCCAUGUGAUAAACUGAUCUCCGUUUAGUCGGUCCAGUCAGCAUUUCAGCAAUGGAAAUCUGGCACUUCUGCUCACGCUGAAGUUCACAUUGAACAACUUGGGAAUGCAACUCUUCUUAUGCACAUCAUAUUGACAGUCAUAUAACUUCAAACAAGUUUAUUACCAAAAAUAUAUUUUUAAUAGACCCCUUGAAACAUGUUUUUAUGUUUUAUUUUUUUGUCUAAGGAUACUGCAUCCAAGUGUAAAUAUAUCUGAUGGCGAAAUGCGAAUGUUCAUUGAAGUCGUAGCCUAAUGGCUGAUGGCGGAAUGUGAAUGAGCUAACAAAGUUUCAGCGGUGCUGUUGAAAGAUGAGCUGAAGUUACUGUGGUUAGUUUGUUCUGACUGUGAGCCAUUUUGUUUUGUCCAGUUAUAAUGCAGUGCAAUGUCGUAACUGUACGGCGGUCGCUACGGCACGACAAAAAUCUAACUCUGUUUAAGUGUGAGAAGCAUCUUAAAUUGACCAUGAGAAUGUUUUUCUACAUUUAUAAGGUUCAAACCAUCUUUUACCUCUUAGGUUAUUAAAAAAACACCAUUAUGUGCCUUAUUCAAUAAAAGCCAUAUAAAGCAAAA